AAUGUCUCAUUGAAUUGAUUUUUUCAUCUAUGGAUAACUUUUUGGUGCACCAAAAAACUUAAAAAAAUCAUUAAAAAAGGAAGGCAUAUUUAAUUAAUAUUUUUGAAAAAGAGCAAUAUUCACUUUGGUUUAUUUUUGCGAAUUUAAAAUUUUAUUAUAGUCCUUUUGUAAAAAAAAAAAAAUAAAUUCUACAAACAGAAGAACGUGGAUUGAGAAGCGGCAAUUAAACGGAAUGACGAAAGAGAUGAAGAGAGUGCUUGAGUUUUACAGUGGAAUCGGUGGCAUGAGGUACUCGUUGAUGAAGGCACAAGUAAACGCUGAAGUGAUUGAAGCUUUUGAGAUCAAUAACAUUGCAAAUGAUGUUUACCAACAUAACUUUCAUCAUCGUCCUUACCAGGGAAAUAUUCAAUGUCUAACUGCUGCCGAUCUAGACAAAUAUGGUGCCGACGCAUGGCUCCUUUCUCCUCCCUGCCAACCUUACACGCGACAAGGUCUCCAGAAGGACACUGGUGAUGCACGGGCAUUUUCUUUUCUUCAGAUUCUUGAGCUCAUCCCAUUCUUAUUGCGGCCUCCAAGUAUGUUAUUUGUGGAAAAUGUAGUUGGAUUUGAGACAUCUGAUACGCACGCAAAACUGAUUGAAAUACUGGAAAAAACAAAUUUUAUCACACAAGAGUUCAUUCUGAGCCCUUUACAGUUUGGAAUCCCAUAUUCUAGGCCUCGUUAUUUUUGUCUGGCUAAGAGAAAACCGUCAUCAUUUGUAAACGAAUUUUUGAACUGCCAACUGAUUCAAUCUCCAAGACCAUUAUUUGAGCAUUUUAAUACAGUUGCAAAGGAAGAUGAUUUAUCACUAGAGGACAGGCAAACUGUGUUGCAGUCAUGUCAAUCUAUUGAGAAAUUUCUCGUAUUAAAGAAUCUUAGCAGUGAUACAGAUGUUGAAUCUGAAGCUUCAACGACCGGUCUAUCAAAUGACACUUCUAGAAGUUCAGGAAAAGAUCAUGAUCAUGAAUAUGACUCUAUAGACAAGUAUUACGUCCACCCUAGCUUGUUAGAGCGGUGGGGAAGUGCUAUGGAUGUUGUCUAUCCCGAUUCAAAGCGUUGCUGCUGUUUUACGAAAAGUUAUUACAGAUAUGUGAAGGGAACUGGCUCCCUUUUGGCUACUAUUCAGCCAAUGAAGAGGGACAAAACAUCACUCAAGGAGCAGUGUCUGAGAUACUUUACACCAAGAGAGGUUGCAAACCUACAUUCUUUUCCUGAAGAUUUUGAGUUUCCAGAACACAUUAGUCUCAAACAACGGUAUGCUUUGCUAGGGAACAGUUUAAGCAUAGCAGUUGUUGCUCCCUUACUUCAGUAUCUUUUCACUGAAGCUUAGUGAUUUUGAAAUCACAAUAUUCAUUCAACAGAAACAGAUAGUUUCUUCAUGUGCCUAUCAUGCAAUGAUAGUGAGAUCAUGUAACACCGUGCCAUGAGUUAUUGUUUCAACCAUGGCGGUCAAACCCUGAUUACAUGAGUUCAGAUAUUUUCACCGCAGAAUUCUGGGAGAAUUCUUCUUAAUAGUGUUUAACAGGUGAGUGAGUGUGUGAAAAAUGUAAUUUGAACUUUGUAAUAGGGUUAAAAUGUUUGUGUCAAGUAUUUUGCAGAGUAAAUGAUAGGAUCUGGUAUAAUUUAUAAUGCACAAUUGAAUGUAUCAGAAAUUAAUUACUCGUGGAACUAAGAGGCGCCUCUUUGUAUGUUUUUGGUAAAAUUAAGUCGGUGUGCCGUGUUGGCCUUAUAGGAAA